AUGCGUAUCGAGAAAUGUUAUUUUUGCUCAACGAACGUGUAUCCUGGGCACGGAAGUGCCUUCGUCCGCAAUGAUUCGAAGGUAUUCCGGUUUUGCACUUCAAAAUGUCACAAAAACUUCAAAAUGAAACGAAAUCCUCGCAAAGUAAGAUGGACGAAGGCUUUCCGUAAAGCAGCAGGGAAGGAAAUGACGAUUGACUCUACGAUCGACUUUGAGAAGCGUAGAAACGUUCCUAUUAAACAGCGGAGAGAGCACGCAUUCUGGAAGUCAAGAAUGUCAGUUGCUCGGGAAAAACAACGCGCGCACAGGACGAAGAAGUUGGCUGCGAAGUCGGUGUCUGUCAAACUGCUCGAGCCAACUGCAAUGGAGGAAACCAUUGAAGUACUAGAUAAAAUAAAAGUGCCAGCAAAAAGCAGAACUGCACUUAUGAAAGGAGAAGAGCGCUCGAUGGGCAUGGAAUUUUAG